AUGGACGACAGAUGUGGAUUCUGUACGCCAGGAAUAGUAAUGUCUCUCUACGCUAUGAUGAGGAAUGCCUGGAACCCGGAGUCUAAGGCCUUCCAUCUAUCAGCAAGUACGAUUGAACUCGAGGGACAUCUCGAUGGCAAUCUCUGCCGCUGUACAGGAUAUAAGCCAAUCCUGGAAGCUGCGAAAUCUUUCAUUCUUGAGGAUGUGAAGCAAACAAUCAUAUCAGAGGAGACCAAUAAAUCAUCAUCAGAGCUGAGCGAUGAUGAUCAAGCGCCAACGAGAGGAGAACUGACAAAGAUCAUAGGAACAGCACCAGCCUCAUGCGGUCGACCUGGUGGUUGUUGUAGGGACAAGGUCGAAGGCACAUCUCCUGCUCAGCCGCAAUCCGAUGCUACCUCCGAAACGAGUCACAGUGACUCUUCAUGUGAUGCUACAUCUACGCAGAAUUCGGGCGGAUCCUCAGACGAUCUGACACAAUCAGAUAGGGAUGACAAAACGACCAAAGCAUCCUAUGGUGCUCCUGUGAAGAAAAGAGAUCGAGAUCCACCCCCCGGGGAAGAGGGAGAAGGUUUUAAAUCUGCGACCGACGUGGAAGCCAAGCCUGUAGUUUCGGGUAACGCUGAUAAGACGGUCAAACCUUUCAAAAAAUAUCUUCCGGCAUCCGAAUUACUGUUUCCGGCAGCCUUGCGACGAUUUAAGGAAGAGCCAAUAUGCUACGGGACCAGUGACAAGAUUUGGCUACGACCAACAUCACUAGCACAACUUCUCAAACUGAAGUCUUUGGAACCAUCUGCGAAGCUUGUGGGAGGUUCUAGCGAGGUUCAAGUUGAGAUCCGCUUCAAGAACUCACAGUUCGCUGUUAUUGUCUAUGUCGCAGAAAUUCCGGAAUUGAUUCACGUUGGUCUUCCUUCAAGCGAACACGAAAUAUCGGCAAUGACAGAGCUGGAGUUUGGUGCCAACGUGACAUUGACGCAGUUGGAACAUCUCUGCAAGAUCCUUUAUGAGAAACUUGGUCAACGAGGGCUGGUGUUGGAAGCCUGCAGGAAACAAUUGAGGUAUUUUGCAGGGCGACAGAUUCGGAAUGCGGCUUCUCUGGCGGGGAAUUUGGCCACAGCGUCUCCUAUCUCGGAUAUGAAUCCAGUGCUGAUGGCCGCCGGGGCUACUAUCAUUGCUCAUAGCGAUCAGCGACAGGAACUGACACUACCUAUGGACAAGUUCUUCCUCUCAUAUCGCAAAACUAGUCUCCCUGCCGAAGCCGUCAUUGGGAGAAUAAGGAUUCCAAUUCCUCCAACGGGAGUUUCGGAAGUUUUCAAGGCUUAUAAGCAAGCCAAAAGAAAAGAUGAUGAUAUCGCGAUUGUAACUGCAGCAUUCAGAGUGCGACUUAGCGUGGACGGCAAAAUUGAGCAGAUCAGCCUAGCAUAUGGCGGAAUGGCUCCAACAAGCAUUCUGGCUGGGAAAACCCAGACCCAAUUGCACGGCAUGCCUUGGUAUGAUGCUCAAACUUUGGACACAGGGCUUCGGUCUCUCCGUGAAGAGCUCCAUCUAGACUAUGGAGUUCCGGGCGGCAUGGCGACUUACAGGGUCACGCUAGCUCUGUCGUUCUUUUUCCGUUUCUGGCACGAGGUUGUUGCAGAACUCAAGCUUGGAGCAGUUGACGUCGACCUCGUUGCAGAAAUCCAUAGAGGCAUCUCAUCCGGAUCCAGAGAUAACUACAACCCCCAUGAGCAGCGGGUGGUAGGCAAGCAAAUUCCGCAUUUGUCCUCAGUGAAGCAAACUACAGGGGAAGCAGAAUAUGUCGAUGAUAUGCCAAGGCAAGAUCGUGAACUGCAUACAGCCUUUGUUUUCUCCCAGCGAGCGCAUGCCAAGCUGGUGAAGAUAGAUUGGUCACCCGCAAUUGGCCCGGGCCUUGCACUGGGUUAUGUGGACAAGAACGACCUUACUGAGGAGCAGAACUUAUGGGGAUCUAUCAAGAAAGAUGAACCAAUCUUUGCUGAUGGCCUUGUCGAAUCUCACGGCCAGGUUAUUGGGAUGGUAUAUGCCGAAACGGCCUUAGAGGCGCGCAAGGCUGCAAGAUUGGUGAAUGUUGUCUAUGCAGAUCUUCCAACAAUCCUCACGAUCGAUGAAGCAAUCGAGGCAAAGAGCUUUUUCCCUUACGGGAAAGAGCUGAAGAAGGGUGCCGCCCUUCACUCAAACAUGGCAGCGGCCUUCGAUCGAUGUGAUAAAAUCCUAAGCGGUACUAUAAGAAUGGGUGGCCAAGAGCAUUUCUACCUUGAGACGAACGCUGCUCUUGCUGUUCCGCAUUCAGAGGACGGAACGAUAGACAUCUGGUCUUCGACACAAAACACUAUGGAGACCCAAGAGUUCGUCAGUCAUGUUCUAGGUGUCCCAAGCAACCGUGUCAAUGCCAGAGUCAAACGACUUGGCGGCGGCUUCGGAGGUAAGGAAUCCAGGAGUGUGCCCAUUGCUUGCGCUGUCGCUCUCGCAGCGAAAAAAGAGAAACGGCCCAUGCGUUGCAUGCUCGAUCGCGACGAAGACAUGAUGACCAGUGGUCAACGUCACCCUUUUCAAGCACGCUUUAAGAUGGGCGUUAUGAAAGAUGGUACCUUGGUUGCCUUGGAUAUCGACAUCUAUGACAACGCCGGCUUUUCAUGCGACAUGAGUACUGCAGUCAUGGACCGCUGCUGUACUCAUGUUGAUAAUUGUUAUGAGAUUCCAAACGUUCACAUUCGAGGCCAUGUGUGCAAAACUAACACCCACAGUAAUACGGCGUUUCGGGGUUUCGGUGGACCUCAAGGCAUGUUCAUCACCGAAACUAUCAUGUCUGCUGUGGCCGAGGGCCUCGAUAUCCCUAUCGAUAGCCUUAGACUCCACAACUUGUACAAGAACAACGACCACACACCAUUCUUGCAAAAGAUUGACGAGGAUUGGCACAUCCCGCAGCUCCUUUCAGAACUUCGGGAUGAAUGUAAGUACGACUUGAGAAGGUCUGAUAUUCAGAAGUUCAACCAGGCAAAUCGAUGGAAGAAGAGGGGCAUCAGCAUGAUCCCUGCGAAAUUCGGAAUCAGCUUCGCCACCGCAAUUCAUCUCAAUCAAGCCAGUGCUGCUGUCAAGAUCUUUGCUGAUGGAAGCGUCCUCUUGCACCACGGGGGAGUAGAAAUGGGUCAGGGACUGUACACAAAGAUGUGCCAAGUUGCUGCUCAGGAAUUGGGUGUUCCCAUUGACGCGGUCUAUACUUCAGACACGUCUUCAUACUACACUGCCAAUGUUUCCCCAACCGCUGCAUCCUCUGGCAGCGAUUUGAAUGGUAUGGCAGUCAAGGACGCUUGUGACCAGCUCAAUAUGCGUCUGAAGCCUUACUGGGAAAAAUUCGGAGCGGAUGCUGACAUGAAAACUAUCGCUCAUGCAGCGUAUCUUGACCGUGUCAAUCUCUCCGCAUCCGGAUUUUGGAAAAUGCCAAAAGUCGGCUACAAGUGGGGAAACUUUGAUUUCGACACUGUAAACCCAAUGUACUACUACUUUACACAGGGCGUGGCCUGCAGUGAAGUUGAGGUUGAUCUGCUUACGGGCGAUCACACUGUUCUCCGAACUGACAUCAAGAUGGAUGUUGGUCGCUCUAUCAAUCCUGCCAUCGACUAUGGACAGAUAGAGGGGGCGUUCGUGCAAGGCCAGGGCUUGUUCACGAUGGAGGAGUCACUUUGGACGAGAAGCGGCCAGCUUUUUACGCGAGGGCCAGGGACAUACAAGAUUCCCGGAUUCAGCGACAUCCCUCAGGAAUUCAACGUCAGCUUCCUGCAAGGAGUAUCUUGGCGUCAUCUCCGCUCUAUACAGAGUAGCAAGGGAGUUGGAGAGCCUCCUUUGUUCCUUGGUGCAGCAGUCCUCUUUGCAUUAAGGGAUGCUCUGCUGAGCGCGAGAAAGGACAACGAUGUCAAGGAGCACUUGACAUUUGACAGCCCUGCAACUGCGGAAAGAAUUCGUCUAGCUGCAGGUGACAGUAUUCUCGAGAUGAGCAGAGUCGCACCUAAAGCCGGCGAGAAAACCUUUUUCGUCGCAGUUGCUUAG